CAAAAGUUGCAAUCUUUUUUCAUUGUUUUGUUUUGGUGGAAGUGGUUUUGUAUUACAAAACAAACCCAAAUCUUAUUGAAAACCAUUAAAACAAUAUCCCAACGAACCAUAUUCACAAUUUAUCCUCAUUAAAAUCUUUUGAUGCUGCGGGGAUUGCUAGGAAGAAGGAACAUGGAGGAAGAUGAUGAAUACAAUAGCGAUGACUCGGGGCCGGCGGACGCGGACGAGGAGCUCCCGGAGGAGGAGGUGGAGCGCUUCGACAUCACGCUGCCCGCCACACACUCGUACCUAGGCUCGUCGCUGUCGGAGGUGUCGGGGCGCGAGGUGGAGCCGGGCUGGCGCGGGCGGCUGCCGGGCGUGCUGGGCGCCGGCGUGGUGUUCCCCGGCGAGACCGUGCCGCUGCUGCUGCCGCGCCCCGACCACGCCGCCGACAUGGCUGCUGCGCUCAAGGAAAAUGGAAAUGUGUUCGUGCUGCUGGCUCCCGAUGAGACAGGCACGCACCUCUCCGGCUACGGCACGCUGUGCGCGGUGGAGGCGGCGGGCGCGGGCACGGCGCCGCUCGGGCUCACGGCGCGCGCGCGACACCGCGUCCGUGUGGCCCGCUCGCAGCCCCGGGACGCACACCACUAUGACGGGCCGCGGCCCGUGGAGGUGGAGGUGCUGCCGGAGCUGUGUCCCGGGGACCCGCUGCUGCCGCUGCGCACGCAGGGGUACGCGCGCCCGCCCUGCUCGCCCAGUUGGUCGCGGCGGCUGCGCGCGGCGGACGCGCUGACGUCGCCGUGGCCGCUGUGCGUGUGGGAGCCCUUCCACCUGCCGCGCGUGCGCACAGCGCUGCAGCAUCUGCAGCUCCACGACACAGACUCGAUGCCCACGGACCCGGUAGCCCUGUCGUACUGGGCGGCGGGGGCGCUGCCGCUGGGCGCGCGCGCGCGGCUGGCGCUGCUGGCCACGGACGACGCUCGGGCGAGGCUGCAUCUGCAGCUCGCUUUUAUCAACACGAACACCGGCAUGUCGUGCUCGUCGUGCGGCGGCGGCGUGGCGCAGCGACAUGACCUCGUGGCCAUGUCCAGCACCGGCCCGCGCGCCCUGUACAGCAACCUCGGCGGCUUCAUGCACGACAUCGUGACGGUGUCCCGCGCGCAGGGGCUGCGGCUGCAGGGGCGUCCCACGGAUGAGUGCAGCUGGUUCCCGGGCUACGCCUGGAGCAUCGCGCUGUGCCGCCACUGCUCGCAACACCUCGGCUGGAAAUUCACAGCGACAAAGAAGACACUUCGUCCGCAGAAGUUCUACGCGCUCCGCCGCGACAACGUGAAUGCGUUCGACCCGAGCGCCGACCGCGCCGCGCCGCCUCCGCUAGACUAGUGUACGCAUGUGUGUAAUGAGUGCUGGAAUGAAUUUACAAGCGAGGUGAUUUCAUGAUGGGAGUGAAAUCAAAUCUAAGCCAAACUUUUUCAUUAAGUGCACCUUAGGAUAUUGUAUAAUCUCAAUAGAUGAUUAUAAAAAUAUGAAAAUGAGUAACGAAAUAUGUCUUGGGCCACAAUCCGUAGUGCUGAUUAGAUGCAUUCCGCGUUGUUGAUAACCUAAAAACAAAUGCCUAAGUAUAAGCGUUUCAUAUUUGACGUCUUUCCCAUGUGUUUUUGACGAGACAGGGUCGUUAGGCUGAAGAGAAGAGUAGAGGAGUAAGACUGGUGUCAAUGAGGUGUAUUACUAAGUUUCUAUCUGCCAUCGGAUUUUAAAUAAGUAAACAAAAUCCUCAUGUAUUAUGCUAAAUGCGACUUUUUAUAAGUAGGUACUUUAAAAUGUUCUCUUUCAUUUUAGUUUAUAGAUAAAAGUAAAGUAUCAGCAUUGUUAUUUUAUCCCAGUAAAUAUGUAAAUUAAAAAUACUAUCGAGAAAUCUAAAAUGUAUCUAGUUUCGUGGUUUUAAAGUCUUCUGCAUAUUUAUAAUAUAGAAGAGGAUGCUGAAUAUAAAAUAAUUACGGAAUACCUAUUAGAUCAUGUGUAUAAAAAUAAACUUACCUUCAUGCAUGUUAUAUAUCUAAGUAGAUAUCCUCAUCCUGAGGUCAUAUUUUACACGAAUUCUUAUUAAUAAGACAUUAUAUUUAAGUUAUUGUUUGAUAGUCUUUAUAAAUAAAAGUCCUUGUUUUACA